AUGAGACUUCCUCAGUCGCUUUUUCUGCUGGCCGUGGCCGGGUCGACGGCCCAUGCCAGUGACAAGCCUACACGUCCUCGCGGUGUUGCUCCGGAAUUUUCCAAGUUCUACCAGGACUCGGCGGCGUUCACUUGCAUCUCGCAUCCCGCCAUCCAGAUCCCGUUCUCUUCUGUCAACGAUGAUUUCUGCGACUGCCCUGACGGCAGCGACGAGCCUGGCACGUCGGCCUGCUCACAUCUCUCGCGCAACUCGCCGCUGACGGUGGCGGACCGACCGGGGAACGAUGACUUGGAGCUGACGCUGGCGCUGCCCGGGUUCUACUGUAAGAACAAGGGCCACCGGCCAUCGUACAUUCCGUUCCAGCGUAUCAACGAUGGCAUCUGCGACUACGAGCAGUGCUGCGACGGCAGUGAUGAGUGGGCCCGCGUCGGGGGGACCAAGUGCGAGGACCGCUGUAGGGAGAUCGGCAAGCGGUGGCGGAAGGAGGAGGAGCAGCGCCAGAAGUCCAUGACGGCGGCCCUGAAACAGAAGAAGGCGCUCCUUGUCGAUGCUGGGCGUCAGCAGAAGGAGGUCGAGGACCAUAUCGUCCGGCUAGAGGCGGAGAUCAAGGGUGCCGAGGUCAAGGUGCAGAACCUCGAGGCUGAUCUGAAGGCGGCCCAGGAGCAGGAGCGCAAGCUCGUUCGGACGAAGCCGGGUAAGGGCCAGGGCAAGAUCCAUGCUCUGGCCGGCUUGGCCAAGGGUCGUGUGGACGAGCUGCGCAAUGCGUUGGUGGAUGUUCGCCGCCAGAGAGACGAAACCCGUGAGCGGGUUAAGGAGCUCGAGGACAUCCUGUCCACGUUCAAGACUGAAUACAAUCCCAACUUCAACGACGAGGGUGUCAAGCGGGCGGUGCGCAGCUGGGAAGAUUAUGCUGCUCGCGACCUGAGUAGUGGGGAUGCGAACAGUGCUGAAGACCACGACCUGGACGAGAUUUCCAAGGCUGAUAGUGAGAGCUCCGGCGUCCAUUGGGAGCACUGGGAGAAUGAGGACGAUGGCUGCGGUGACUCGAAUAUUCUCUACAAGCUGGCCGCUUAUCUUCCGCCAUUUAUUGUCAACUUCAUCGAAGACAAGGUGAUCUUUUGGAGGACAUUGUUCGAGGAGCAUGGUAUUCACCCUAAGCCCAAUGAAGAUCCUUCCUCAGAAUCCAAAGCUGUGACCGAGGCACGCGAUGCACUCAAGUCUGCUGAGGACUCCCUCAAUGAUCUCAAAAACAAGAUCCGGGACCACCAGGCCGAUCUUGAAACUGACUAUGGCACCGCAUCUAUUUUCCGUGCUCUCAAGGGGCAGUGCAUUUCCAAGGACUCGGGCGAGUAUACGUACGAGCACUGCUUCCUGGACCAAACGAAGCAGGUUCAGAAGAAGGGCAGCUCGUCCAUGAACAUGGGCAGGUUCCGCUCCAUCGGAACCAAAAGCGUUGAAGAGAUCAACGAGGCGGGUGAAGUCAUUUCCGUCGAUAAGACCACCCUGGAAUACACCAACGGUCAGUCCUGCUGGAACGGCCCGAACCGGUCGACUACUGUCAUUCUGGAGUGCGGUGAGCAGAACGAGAUUCUCAAGACGGCGGAGGAUGAAAAGUGCGUGUACUCGAUGAUCGUGACGACGCCGGCUGUCUGCCCGGGAGGCGAGCAGGCAGGUGAUACUGCUCCUCGCGCCAAGGACGAACUGUGA